AUUCUUAUUGUAUUUUUUGAAUUCCGGCACUGAUGAUUUAGCACAAACUGGGCCGUCUGUAGGAUUACAAUGCUGCAUUUGAAGCUGUUACUGUUGCAAUGAAUGCAAUGCAGAUCACAAACAGAAAUCCGAUUUUAAAUCAGGGCAGCAAAAGAAAAGGAUUGGUUGCAAAAAUGGCUGUAGAGAUUUGAGCUACUCAAGUAAUGGGUUCGCAUUCCAGAUGACCUUCCUCUUCUUUGUCACCUCUCGAUUACGGUUUCGAGUGUCUGAUAUAUCCAUUUCUCGGUUCCAUGAUCAUGCUUUCAGAGGUCCCCGCCAUGGAGAGAGAGCCCUAGACCACUCUGAUGCUUGGGUUAUUAAGGUUGUAUGUACUCUAUGUGUUCGUUCAAGUUCUAUUGAUUCUUGCUUGCAUUAUUUCAGUAAGGUUUUGAAUCCUCCGAUUACUUAUGGGGUCAUUAAACGCUUAAAUGAUCCAAAGUUGGCUUUGAAAUUGUUUGAAGUUACUAGAGUGAAGUUGGAGCUUAAUCAUUCUAUGAAUACUUAUAAUUUUCUAGUGAAGUCACUUUGUCAAGUGGGACUCCAUGAUGCGGCAAAAUUGGUUUUUGAUUGGAUGAGAAGUGAUGGGCAUUCACCGGAUGGUUUCAUGUUGGGUUUUUUGGUAUCUUCUUGUGCACAAGUGGGUAAGUUCAGUAUUUCCAAAGAAUUGCUUACUCAAGCUCAAGGCAUUGGAAGAAGUGUGAACCCAUAUGCAUGUAAUAAACUAUUGGAUCUUUUGGUUAAAAGUAAUCAGGUAGAUGAGGCUGUUUGUUUCUUUAGAGAACUUUCAAAGUCCUGCUUCUGUCCAGAUACUUGCACUUUUAAUAUUCUAAUCAGAGGCUUGUGCAGAUUAGGAGAAGUAAAUAAGGGUUUUGAGUUUUUUAAUGACAUGGGCAAUUUUGGAUGCUGUCCUGAUGUUGUUACCUAUAACACACUUAUAAGUGGAUUGUGUAGGACUAAUGAGGUAGAUAGAGGGCAUGGGUUGUUAAAGGAAAUUCAAUCAAAACAUGGUUUUUCACCAGAUGUUGUGACGUACACAUCAGUCAUAUCAGGUUAUUGCAAGUUGGGCAGGAUGGAAGAAGCUUCCAAUCUUUUAGAUGAGAUGGUCUGUUCUGAAACCAAACCAAAUUUGAUUACUUACAAUGUUCUUAUUGAUGGUUUUGGUAAGGCUGGUGAUAUGGAGUCAGCUGCGGCCAUUUAUGAUGAGAUGCUUCUUCAGGGAUGUCUUCCCGAUGUGGUUACAUUCAGCUCCUUGAUUGAUGGUUACUGUCGAAGUGGGCAGGUUGAUCAGGGUUUAAAACUUUGGCAUGAAAUGGGCAACCAGAGUCUUUGUCCAAAUGAAUAUACUUUUGCUAUUCUCAUUAAUGCUUUGUGUAAAGAGAACAGACUACAUGAGGCUCGUGAAUUUCUGAGUCAGUUGAAGUGGAGGAAUAUAAAUCCCCAACCGUUUAUGUACAACCCUGUGAUUGAUGGUUUCUGUAAGGCAGGCAAUGUAGAUGAGGCCAAUUUGAUUGUGGCAGAAAUGAAGGAGAAGCAAUGCAAGCCAGAUAAAUUGACAUUUACUAUUUUAAUAAUUGGGCAUUGUGUGAAAGGGAGAAUAGCUGAAGCAAUCAGUAUUUUCCAUAAGAUGUUAAGUACUGGUUGUACCCCAGAUACUAUUACUGUCAAUUCUUUGAUAUCUUGCCUUGUGAAGGCUGGCAUGCCUAAUGAAGCAAAUCAGAUUGUGCUAACUCUGGAGAAGAACUUAGGCUUGGGUUUAUCAUCUUCAAGAAAAACCCUUGCACAAAUGGCUAUUCCUGUGGCUGUUUAGUGGAAAAGUUGAGCUAAAAAGACCCUGAACCUCAAGUUGAUGGUGAGCUCAAUGGCUGGCUGGAGGUCCUUGAAUCAUUACAUACGAAGCAUCUUCAGCUCGUGGAUUUUUUUAUAGACGACUGAUUUAUAAUUUAAAUGGGGAAGAACAAGGGAGCAGUGGGAGCUAAGAUUGCUACGAACUCAUUUUGGUAACUUUCAGACUUUUGGAUAUCCAUUAUUGAAAUUAUGGC